GGCGGUACAUGCACCUUUAACGAUGGUCUGUAACAAGUCGUGAAACUAAAAGAACAAGAAGAUGAGAAGGCAGCUUUCUCUGAUUGUUUACAGUUAAAUGGAGGUUACUAUUGUGCAAAGCGUCAUGGGGUGUAGCAAAAAGGUGGACUUAGGAUAAAGCAAUAAUGAAACGUGACCUUUGCUCAAAUCCCGUUGUGCACAUAGCCUAUACAUUUGGAUCCUCGUUCACCAGCUCACACUGCACUUUUACAGAAGCAGAAAUAAUUUACAAUGCUUUCUGGAAAUUUGGUUGUGUUUGUACUGCUGUGUGGAGUAGAAACUGGUCAUGCUGGCAAGGUUUUGGUGAUGCCAGGCGAGUACAGCCACUGGCACAACAUGCAUGUGAUCAUUGACGCGCUGGUCGAUCGUAACCACAGUGUGACGGUUCUGGUCAGUUCUGCAUCACCUACUGUACCGCACACGCGGAAGGAGCGGUUCGAUUUCAAAGUGUAUAAAGUCAAUACGAAGAAAGAAGAGGCCAAUGCUGUGUUGAGAGAUAUGAUUCAUCUCGGGACGAAUGACACAGCCACCAAAUACAAGGGGGACUUCAUGAUCUGGCGAGUGAUUUCCAACUAUAUGGCGUUCCUUGCUGAUAUAUCCAAGGGCAUGUUUCAUGAGGAUCUUUUACACACGCUUCAGGAAUCCCAGUAUGAUGUACUUUUUUCUGAUCCGAUGAUGCCAUUCUCUGACUUGAUGGCACAGAAGCUGAAUAUCCCUCACGUCCUCUCGAUGCGUGCAACGUUCGCGUAUAUAGUAGAGCGGCUUUGCGGUCAGAUGCCUGCGCCGCCGUCCUACGUUCCAGCGGUCGCUUUGCGAGAUUACCUCACCGAUCAUAUGAGCUUCACAGAGAGAGUUGAAAACAUGCUCCUUUAUAUCAUACAUACGACUAUAUUUCCAUUGAGCAUGACAUUUACUUUGGAUCGGCUCUACACUGAAAUAUUGGGAAAACCCACAACUGCUUGUGAAACCAUUGGAAAAACCGACAUUGUAUUGAUUAGAACUUACUGGGAUUUUGAGUAUCCUCGCCCACUGCUGCCUAAUUUUAAAUUUGUUGGAGGACUACACUGCAAACCUGCCAAACCUCUGCCAAAGGAAAUGGAGGAGUUUGUUCAGAGCUCAGGAGAUCAUGGCAUCAUUGUGUUCUCAUUGGGUUCCAUGCUUGGUAACCUGACAUUGGAAAGAGCAAACACUAUUGCUUCUGCUCUUGGUCAGAUCCCACAAAAGGUUGUUUGGCGUUAUCAUGGGACAACACCAGAAACUCUCGCCGCCAAUACAAGACUUUAUGACUGGAUCCCACAGAAUGAUUUGCUUGGUCAUCCAAAAACAAAGGCCUUCAUUACCCAUGGUGGGACAAAUGGACUGUAUGAGGCUAUUUAUCAUGGUGUCCCAAUAGUGGGUUUGCCACUGUGGGGUGACCAGCCUGAUAACUUAUUGCACAUGAAAACCAAAGGAGCUGCUGUUGUUCUUGAUAUUGACACAAUGCAGUCCAAAGACCUGGUGGAUGCUCUCAAGAUUGUCAUAAAUAAUCCAUUGUACAAGGAGAGCAUCAUGAGACUGUCCAGAAUUCAUCAUGAUCAACCAAUGAAGCCCCUGGACCAUGCAGUUUACUGGAUUGAAUUUGUGAUGCGGCAUAAAGGAGCUAAACAUCUCCGAGUUCAGGCACAUGAUCUGAGCUGGUAUCAGUACCACUGCCUGGAUGUAGUGGCCUUCUUACUCUCAGUUGCUGCACUGAUCACAUUCCUCUUUAUUAAAACAUGCUGUUUCCUUUUCCGUAAAUGUUUCAGAAAGACUCGUCCUGAUGGAAAAGAACAAAAGCGUAAAAAAGAGUGAAUGCAAAGUAGGUUACCAUAUAUAGGCAGAGCUUGUGUAAGGCUGGGCAAGGCUUAGCCUUCCACUGGCCAUGGUUCGGAAAUUAACAGGGGCUUAGGACAAAAUCUUCCUGCACAAUUAAACAAAAUGCAUUACAGCUAUCAUGAAUAAAAUGACAAGUGUCUGUUGCGGCAUUAAAUUUGGAUUUGCUGAUGUUGCAUCAUAUUUCUUUUUAUGCAUGUUUACAAGGUUGCGCAUUAUAACCAAUCACACGAUUCUGUUGCAUUUAUGAAUGAAUUCUGGUGACUCUCACAAAUUCUCUAAUCAUAAACAACAAUGUGCAGAUGUACGUACAAUAUAGAUAAGAGAUUUACUAAUCAAACAGUGUAUAGCUUCACUGAUUAUAACAGGAGGUUUUCUUGAGAGUGCUUAUCCAUAGGUUCCAUGUGACGUCAGUGUUUUAUCGCCACCAUUUUUGUGUCCAAGUCACAGCUGCACGAACUGUCAGUCUAUGGUCACAGCAGCCACAACUAUCAGAGGAAGAUAAAUGAAACGCUCCCAGAAGGUUCACAAGGUUACAGUAUGCCCGAUAUGUUGUGCUGUAACAACAGUCAUCAGAAAAACCCUGAACUACAAUUUUAUUCGAUCCCAAAGAGGUUAGAUCGGCGGAAUAAAUUGUUGGCUUAAAUCAGAAGGCACCACUGGCAGCUAACAUACGGUUGCCAACUUCAGAAAAGGAUUAUAAUUGACUAUUGUGAUUCCUUAUAGGAGAAUAAAGGACGUUAAAAUAUUUGUAUUGUACCACAUAGGCUAUUUCCGUGUCGGCAGUUAAGUGUAUACUGUUAUUCAGUAUAUAUGCUCAGUAAAGCAUUUUUUGGCAAAAUUUUGAACUAAAAUGUUAUUGCAGCCAUGUAGCCUAUAAAUACAUGAAAAUGCUUAUUUUUAAUUAAAGAGAACUUAGUGUGGGCUGCUUUUGGUGCCUGAAUCUGUGCUUCAAUAAUGAAAUCCAGGUUUAAGAAUACACUAGAAGUGAAAGACGUCUUCCCUCAGGGAGAUUCUUCCUUGCUGGAUGUUGGGCUCAUGAUCAGUAAUCGCGUUGUUUGCAUUAACCCAAACUGACUUGCUAACGGAGGACUGA